AUGACGAAGAACAAAAGGCCUCCGCGGCCGCAGCAAGGGACCAAUAAAGCAGACUACCACGCUGCUACGAAUCCGGAUGCGGAAACGAAGACAGGAGAGCCACAUCAUGGAGAACAGGAAGUUUCAUCUCCUUCAUCUGACCUCCAGAACGAAAACGAUAAGGACGACCCAGAAGUUCUUAACCCUCCCGCCCCGCCAGUCGUCCACCUCGAAGACGCACAAUUUGACGAGCUGUUCCACUACCUAGUGGAGCGUGGGGAACUCGGCGACAUUCUGUUGGAGGCGGCUAGCUCUACUGCUGCUGGCACAACUUCUGCUUCGUCAACCAGUAGUACAUCACCGCUAUCCGAGGAGCAAGAUUUAUUUGAAAAGAAACUCGUGCACUUUUUGCAGAGCCCCAUCGAGCUGCACUUGAACAGGGCCGAAGUGUUG